GCUCGGGGCCCUCGGACCCGGCCGCCCGGGCCACGCAGGCCUGAGGCCGCCUUAGACCCCCGCGCCCUCGCCCGUGGCCUGGCGGCUCGAGACCGUUUUACUGACGCCCCGGAACACCCAGGCGGAGCUGCUCCCCAUAGCUUCUUUCCCGGGAGGGUUGUCUGCAUCCGCUGUCUACCGUCUAGCUUCCUACCCAUGUGCGGGGUCAAGAUCCAGGAAUCCUGGCGUCCAAACAGCAAGACCCCUCUGCUGUCCUCCUGGGCGUCGACGGCGCUGUGAGCUCCCCAUCCGCUUCCCUCACUCUCCUGGCCACUCCGCCCGCCCAUCCUUGGCCAGCCCAGCCUCCCGGGCUUCUUUGUUGGAGGUCCCAGACCUGCUUCUCCGAUCCCCACGUCCCAUUUAUCCUGGGAGGACUCCCAGAGGUACACUUCAGAGCCCCAGCCCCUGCAUAACACACACACAUCUUCAGGGUGUCUGGAGUCCAGUGACCCAGCCCCAGCCCCAUGACGUUCUCACUGAGCCUGGGCCCCUGGGAGGGGCAUUGCUUUCCAUCCUUCUACCCCAGGAGCCAGGGUCCCUGGGAGUUGUCCUGUUCUCCCCCAGCCUCAUCAAUCCAUCACCAAGGCCAGCACAUCUUAACCUGCUAAAGCUUUCUUUGAUCUCUUCCACUUCUUGUCCACUUCUCAUCACCACUGAGGCCACUAGAUGCCACAUCGCUCCUGUCUACUCCCUGAACUGUUGUGAGGGUGUCUUUAAGAGGCCUCUCUGCUUCCUCUCUUGGCAGCCAGAAGGAUGCUUAACUCCUCAAUCACAGUCAUCUCUGUUCAUCUCAACCCCAAACCCCUGGGAGCUUCCCAUCUUGCUCAGGGUCUUGGUAUAGAAAGAAAAACAUAACCCCUUGCUACCCUUUCCUCCCUGUCUCUGUCACCCAUAGAUCUCACAGUUUCUUGAACAAACCAUGGUGCUUCCUACCACUGGGCCUUUGUACAUGAUGACCCUCUACCUGGAACGCUCUUAUUCACCUUGUUAUCUGAUGAACUCCUUUUUAUUCUUCUGGGAUCAUACUGCAGUGUCACUUCCUCAUAGAAGACGUCACUGACAUCUCCAGCUAGGAUAAAGUCUGAUUAAGCUAAUUUGCUUCCCUUCAAGCAGUGUUCAAAAUAAUCCUUUAGUUACAAGGCUUCCUACUACUGUUACCAUAUCAUGAUACAUCUUCUAUUAUAUUCCACCUGAAGAAGGAUCUGGACAAGAAAUAACUGAGCUCAGAACAGUCUGUCUCAUCUUAGCAAGUGAAGUGGAGAUUUCACAGAAAUUUUGAGCCUGAACUCGGAUUCCACCACAAAGCUCUGCGCUGGCGCACUUUGUGUGUUUUCUGCCAUUGGAGCACUUGAGGGCAGCCGUCAGAGACCACUGCCCUCUUUGGGACCGUGACACACAUAACACAUAAGAGUGCAGAUGACCAAGCCUUCACCUAACCCGUGAAGACAGCUGCCAUCAGACAGAGGUAAAGAUAGAGAAAAUGAAAAAGAGAAAAAAUCAGUGAUCUGUGUUGAGGGCAAUAUUGCAAGUGGAAAGACGACAUGCCUGGAGUUCUUCUCCCACACAACUGACAUUGAGGUGUUAACAGAACCUGUGUCCAAAUGGAGAAAUGUCCGUGGCCAUAAUCCUCUGGGUCUGAUGUACCAUGAUGCCCAUCGAUGGGGCCUCACACUGCAGACGUACGUGCAGCUCACCAUGCUGGACCAGCACACUCGUCCUCAGACAUCACCUGUACGAUUGAUGGAGCGGUCGAUUCACAGUGCAAGAUAUGUUUUUGUAGAAAACCUGUAUAGAAGUGGGAAGAUGCCCGAAGUGGACUACGUGGUUCUGUCUGAAUGGUUUGACUGGAUCACGAGGAACAUGGACGUGUCCAUUGAUUUGAUAGUUUAUCUCCGGACCACUCCUGAGACCUGUUACCAGAGGUUAAAGAUGCGAUGCAGGGAAGAGGAAAAGGUCAUUCCACUGGAGUACCUGGAUGCUAUUCACCAUCUCUACGAGGAGUGGCUCAUCAAGGGGGGCCUUUUCCCCGUGGUGGCCCCUGUUCUGGUGAUUGAGGCUGACCACAACAUGCAGAAAAUGUUAGAACUCUUUGAACAAACCCGGGACCGAAUAUUAACUCCAGAGAAUUGGAAACAUGGUCCAUAGGAUGGGAAAGAUCAUGCCAGAAAAAUGCCUGCUGCUGCCAAGUCAGCUAUUAGAAGCAAUUUGGAAAUAUGUACUUUCAGGAGGGCUUUUUGUCUAGCCAGACUUGUUUUCCUAAUGGUCUUUUCUCCCCUGCCAGUGUCUUCCCCUGGGUUACGGGAAAUGACAAAGGGACCAAUGGAUCUGUCCUGCCCUUCGGUGCUCCCAGCCUUGCAUGCCUCCUGGUGCCUCUCCUAGUGGCUUCCCACUGUUGGAUCCCUCUCAUUAAGGGAAAACCAUCUGAAACUAUGCUGGGAUCAUGGUCUCUAACCUUUCAGACCACCCAGAAGGGUGAGAGUGCCUUACAUCCCAGGGGAGAGGGUUGAAGCUCAGACUAAGGGGCUCCUUAGGGUUGCGCAGCCAGUGACAGUGGAGUUGGCACAAUGCAGGCUUUUGGUGACUCCAGAAUGUACUCCUGCCCCAGGUUGCCUCAUCCUCAGAGCCCUGCCUUCCCCUGCUGGAGAGCCUCACGUGUGUGGGGAGAGCCAGCACGACAUGGAGCCAGUAUCAUCAUUUUCUCAUCAUUUGAGCAGUUCUCGGUGACAGUCAGCAUUUCUAGACUUUCACAGAAUUGGGCAGUUUGGCUUGAGCUCCGCAUUCAGUGGUUUCCCAGCAUGAGGCUGCUGUGGCAUUUACCACCCUGUCACCAGACGUCCACAUCUGUAGGAGAAUCACGCAUUGGCUCCUGCGUGGUGCUUGGUCUCCUUGGUGAUGAAGAUCCUUCUUGAGCUGCCGCCAGUUCCAUGUGAGGGGAGUGGCUUUUGGCAUCUGGCUGGCUUGCUCAGUGCCCAACUGAGACAAGGGAUCACUAGCCCUGGCGUUUUAGGCUCCUCUACUCCCUGGCAGCCUUGUGUGAGGAGCUUCGGCCUUGGAAUUACUGAGACUUUGUGGCCUGGCAGAAAGACACCAGUGGCCUUCAAUUAAGCCUUUUUGAAAUGUUUUUCCAUCCAAGGCAUCACCUUGGGCCAUAGAGCAUGAAACCAUCCUUAUUGGUUCAGAAAAUAUCUUGUUUUGCUCAGCUGUGACAGUGCACAAUGACUCAAUCAAGACAAAGCUGCCCCUUGAGUCAAGCAGGAAACAGGAGAAGAGAAGAACAUUCUCUUUUGGGACAGUCUGGACGGAACGUUGGGGCCUAGGAGCAAAGGCCUGUGGAGCAGUAGCGCUCCUGAUGUUUCGGAGGUGGGUGGAGAAGAGCUUCAAGAAGACUGCCGCAAGCAGAGGGAAGAGUCAGGUGUGAGCUCUGCGGAAACAGCCCUUGGCCUCUCCCUAGCAGUGGUUGGUGUAAACAAAAGUUGGAAGGCCUUGUCCCAGCCUCUGUGUGAGUGUGGCACCUGUGCAUGCAACAUCCUGAUGGUACAUAGGCGACAGGUGCCCCUGGUGAUCCAGUCCUGGAGGGAAUACUAAGAGGGCAAGCCCUGUGGCUCCUGCUCCUUCCCAUCUGGACCAAUUCUUGGGCCAUGUGGGCGGGAUGAGGGGCAGCAACCCAGCGGGGAUGUGUCUCAGCCCAAAUGUCAGUGAUUGACCAGAAGCCUUAGGGAGGCAAGAACCUCUGUGACCAGGUACCUUGACAGUGGGGCCAUCUUUGGGAGUUUGUAAAUGAGUAGGCCAGUAUUUUUCCCACAGCUCAAUUUGAGUAUCUGUUUUGGAGGAAGUGUGAUAUAUAUAUUUUUUAAUCUUGCUCUGUGGUAGCCAGUAAACCUUUCACCCUAAACCUGAUGUUAACAUUGGAGUGUUUCCUACGUCAGUGAUUUUAGCUCCCUACAGCAUCCUUGUGCCACUAGGAUAAUGUGUUUUUAUUUCUUAAACACCCAGCUGCCUAACAUGCAAUGUAUGGGUCCAAAAGAACCAUUGUCUCCCACCCUGGCUCCAUGGAGAGGAUGCUGUGUGCAGCUGCAGUCACUGGGGCUGGUUGCAGAAGUCUCCCAGCCCAGAGAUGUCCCAUGAAACAGAGGGAGCCCAGCUUGCACCAGGGUUGCUUUCCCUGUGCAUGUGGCAGCAGGGGUCAUAGAGCAGCUAUAAACUGUGGUGAGCUUGGGCAGGAAAAGGGUAGAUGGCCCAUGGUAGGUAGGGGGCCUAGUUCUUAGAGCAGAGGGAGGCACUCCCCAGGGACUUGUGGGAAUGGCUGGGAAGAGCCUGGCAGGGGCUGGUAUCCCUGAAUUGCCAUGUUCCAGACCUGUUGGUGUCGCCCCAUUCUUACCCUGAGGCGUGUUUCUGUAGGGCACGAAGUCAGACACACCUCAGCACACUGCUGCUGCUUUGACUCUUGCUAAUUGGAAGAAAAAAAAAUCUUGAGCAGCAUAUACACUUUCUUUCAGUCAGCAUUUUUAGUGAAAUAAUUCCAGUUUACACUUAAGCUUUUUAAAUUUUACACAUAAAAUACAUGAUUAGAACCAUUCAGAAAUACUUCAUGUAUCUGCUGAUUUAAAAAGAACAAAAUAAAAGUAUAUUUCUUUUACAUGUAAAACAAAAUAUGGAGAUAGGUGGUCUACGGCUGGUGUGGUGGCUCUGAGACCCCUGGGGUCCCAGGCUCUGUCUGCUUUUCUGUUCCCAGUGUGACUUCCUGGUUAGUGGCUUCCUCCCUCCAUGAGCCUCACCAUCCCCCGGGCGCUGGAGCUCCUACUCUGGCUAAUGUUGGCAUCAGGACAUACUGUGUCCCAUUCACACUUUAAUUCAAAUAUGGAUGAUGACCUCUACAAGGCAUAACUAAGACAGGCUGGAAGGUUCUAACAGGACUUUGCUAGAGGCUUUGGAGGUGGGGGAAAGGCCAGAAGGAAGUUGACACCCAUAGGCUGGACCACACCAUCUGGCUUCAGCGCUGCAGUGCCCUCUGGGCUCCCCUGCCCCUCCCUUCUGUCCUCACAUCACAUCACCCUCACCACCUGUUACUGCAGUGCCUCAGCUCAACCUACAUCCCAUGCUGGGCUGACCCUGUGAGGGCAGAGACCACCUAUCCUGUGCACUCCCAGCUUAUUUUUACCUGUUUCUCUUCCUGCCCCCUUUGAUUUUGACCUGAGCCCCUCACCUAGAUGAGAAGUGCCCCUCUGCCUGAGGAACACAUUAGUCAGAGACCCUUCCUGGGACUCCCUCUGUCAGACCUGGGGAAGGACUGAGGUAUAUACACCUCUGAGGGUUUCCAAAGCCUGUCUGUCCAUGGCUACUGUUGAAUAUACACUACCUCAUUUCCCUACUGCCCCGAGCCCCCUUCAAAUGCUCACAUGUCUGUGGAAUGAGUAACACUCAGCCCUUUGGCUUAUCUACCCUGCAGGGUUACAGUUAUUAAAGUAAUUGACAAGCUUUUGGAAA